GUGGUUCUGUCUUCGUGAUCGAAAAUGAUGUCGUGAAACAAAAUUUCCAAGACUUCUCAUGUGGAUCAAACAAUAGAAAGGUCCGUUACGAGAUCCACCUUCAUAUGGAUCGGAGUAGAUGAUCCGAGAUCCGACCUCAGCUACUUUCAGCCUUGCGGCUAGAUAACAAUCAACACCAUACUAACCCCUCCGUCUCUAUCUCUGGCCAGAGCCCCUCUACUCCACGAAAGACCUCCCUCGUUACAAUCUGACCGCCAUGAAUCAAUUGCCCACCGAAGUACUCGGCCUCAUCCUUGGUUGGGAUGUGACCAUGAGCCGCAUCGACAAGAAUUCCCUCCUCCCACUGCGCCUGGUCUGCAAAGGCUUCGACAAUGCCCUUCGCCCCUACCUCCUAAAGACGAUCAAGUUUGAAUACGGCUGCUUUCAGCGGAAUAGCAAGAUGGAUGUGGGGUGCCUGGAAGAAGUGGGCGGUUUAUGCGAGGCCAUUUUUGUGGAUAUGAUGGUUAUACGGGAUGAGGAGGAAAUCGCACGUCUUUCCGAAAUAUUUCAAGGCCUCAUCUCGAAAGUCCCCGAAUUGGUGGCUACCCUUGCAUCUUUGCGCAAAUAUUGCAUGGAUGAAUCAACCUUUGAUGUGACGGAUUACCAUCGAGUGUUAAAGGUAAUGGCGUACCCUACUUUAUAUACAAAGUUGGCUAAUCCCUAUCGUAGAAUGCCCUCAAACAUCUUCCAAGAAUGAGACGCCUCAAGGUCAAUUUACCAUAUCAAAUUAUUGGAUCCCAAGGUUCUCCAUCGACUCUCCUCUUAGCGACCACUCUUGCAUGUCUUGCGAAGCGAGACGAAGAUCACGCCGUUCUCGAGACGCUGGUUAUCGAUCAUGUUAGUGAUACAGCAGUGAACAACAUCUGCAACAACCCGAUGGAUCUGAACAAUGCAAUCGAAGUUCUGGGGGGAUUGAAGAAUUUGGUAUUGUCUGUGAAAAGACAGGAAUGUCGUUCCUUGAAUUUCAACAAAAACCUCUGGUUCUUGAUCCGAAAAGCUGAUAUUCUGGAAAGUCUGUGUUUGAUUGGUUGGAAUGUUCGAAGAGACUCCGUAACCCGAAGACAUCGCCACCGAGUACCUCUAAAUGAUUGGAGAAUGCGCUCUCUGCCAUACCCGUUGGAUUCGUCGCAAAACUUCACGAGUUUGAGGUACCUCGAGCUCAAACGGGUUGAUAUCGAUCCGCACGAGUUUAUUACACUAAUCCUUGACUGUGCCAACACCUUGAAGGAACUUUACAUAAUAGAAGUUUAUCUCAAAGUAUAUGGAGCUUCAGAUCUUGACAAUAUUUCCUUGUGGAUUGGCCACCCCAAUGCAGAGAAACCACAACCGGCUUGCUGGAUUGCUCAAAGUCUACGAAAUAUGCGUCAUCUAAAACUUGACAUCUUACGGGCUUCGGGUCUUGGAUAUGAUGACUUUCAACCCAAUCAAGCUUCAAGAUAUCCCGAUUAUGAUUUAGUAUCCACGAAGAGCGAUAACAAAACCUUUGACCAACGAUUUGUCGAAGCUGUCAUGCAGCCCGAGAUUGCCGCCAAAGAGCAGGAAAACCCAACACCAUCGUCAUCGGAAGAAGAAUCAGAAAAUGUAGCCGAUGAUUCGACCAGUGCACCCGAAGCACACAUCACAGAAGAGAUUCUUCCCACAUUAGAUUCACCCCCUCUACACGUCGUCAGCGAACCACAACCCACCAAAUCCAUUCCGCCCAGACCGAAACCACGAAUGGUCGACUACGACGCAGAAGCCUUUCAAAGAUACCACAACACGACUUCCAAGUACAAACGCAGUAUUGACGACUGCUUCUACAAUCAUAAUGAACAUGCCCUGCGGGAACUGCAGAAUCUUAUUAACGUCGCGGAUCGCGGGAUGGCGCUUAUUAGUGAGGAGAUUGAGAGGUAUAGAGCUGUACAGGUGGAUGAGAAUACGGGGCAGUUGGGGAAUCCUUAGAUGAGCGGUGGGGAAAAGGUGUUGAUGGGUCCUAUUGUAUUUCGGCGCGCUGUACUGGGGUUUGUUGUAAAUGAUGGCGUGGAUUGAGGGGUUUGGGUUGGAGGCGUGCGAUUUGGGGAUCUGGGGUAACUUGAAAUGAGGAGUUUUGAAAUGUUUUAUGAUGAUGGAAUGUAGCACCCCUUUUUCCUUCUUUUUCUUUUUUUUUUUGAUUGAUUGAUUGAUGUAUCAAUAUACUACGUUUAACUGAAGAUGCCGUUUUGUUUUG